GCACGGCAUUUUGAAUAGGCAGGCAUGGCGCGCAGCCAGGAUGGCCGGUGUCGCGCACUGCGUCUCGCCGUACUACUCGCCUUGGCUUCCAAGGUUGCGAUCGCCAGCGACAUGUCGCCUGUUCCCACCAGGCUCGGCGCGGAGUUCGAGCCUGAGGCUCACGUCGAUGCGCAGCCCGCCGCCGAGCGGGCCUGCGAUCUGUCCUCCGACGUGGUCAGGACCCGGGUGGGGCGCAUCCGCCACGCCGCGGCGGCGCUGGCGAGCUUCACGGACGGAGCCAUGGCGCAGCUUGUGGUGGCCAACGCCGCGGUGGUGCCUUUGAUCCAGGCCGCGAUGAUCUACGCCAUCUCCCGGGAGUACGGCUGUUACAUGGACCUGGGCAUGGCCGUCGCCGUGGCCACGCUGUUGGGCUCCGACUACGUGAAGAUGUCGCUUUUGAGCCACGCCGUUGGAUGGGUGCCCUUCGCCGGCAACUUGAUCAAGUUGACCACUUCUUUGGUGAUGACCGAGGGCAUGGGCCUUGCAGCGGAGAAGCUCCUAAGCUGCCCCGAGAGUCGGGAAGAGCUGAUGAGGAAGGCCUCAUUGGAAGAGAAUGAGAGCCUCACCGAUGAGAAGGCGUCGGCGGUUCGCGCCAUCUUCCACGCGACCUCGGACUUCCUGAGCAACCUCACUUCUUUGAGCACGGCGGACGCUGCCAAAGAGAUCUGGGCUCGCAUUGAGUCGCUGCUGCGGACGGAAGACCAGGUGGCGCUGCUUCAGAAGGUCUCAGACGCCACCAGCCCCGCGGACCUCAUGAAGCUCGUCCAGCAGUACAAGUGGAAUCUGCCGGUUGUGGAGGCCGCCCUCGGCGCUUUGCGGGACAAGUUCCCCAGAGACCUGGCCUGCACCGACGUAGAUGUCUUGGCUACCCGCUUCUGGGGCCAAGCGGACGGUGAAGUGAAAGCAGUGGUGGCACCUCACCUGCUGCACUGCUGGGACCACUUGGAGACCUCCGCGGCCAGCCGUGCCGUGGCGGACCAGGCGGCGCAGCUGGUGGUGGACGCUGGGCGCUUGGGAGGCUCCGCAGCCGUACUUCCUGGGGCACUGAAGCUGCUUCUUGCCGCGGCUAAAGGUGGAGCUUUGGAGGGCAGCACGGAGCUGUUGGAGAGCCUUGUGAAGGCCCUGCGGCAUGAGGCAGAUGCGUGCUACGCGCUGCGGGAGCUGAUGCGCGCUGACCCAGAGCUUUCGGCCUCUUGGGUGACGCUGAAACACCUCGAGCACGUGGAGAACAUGGAGGCCGCACGUGGCUCUGAGGUGUGCUAUCCCUCACUGCGUGCGGACCUGAAGCGGCUGCUUACCCUGCCCGCGCUGCCUUCAGACAGCCAGCUGCCCGAGCCGCCGGUGGUCCGAAAGGCGACCGGCUUCGAGCGAUUGGUGGGCCAGAACUGUGCCGUCAAGAGGCUCAUGCAAUCGCCUGGCCACGUCCGAUUGCGGCGGAAAGGCCUUCACCGCCCAGGCGUGCCACUGGUUCUGCUGAUGACCGGUCCCUCCGGCACAGGCAAGACCAUGGCAGCGAGGCAGAUUGCGGAACUCAUCCACAACCGGCCGAUUCAGGAGUUAGAGGCCACCGGGCGGUUUCGUCUCUUCCCCAUGAACCAAUUUCGCAUGGCUGAAGACCUGAAGACCUUCUUCGGCCCCCCGCGGGGCAUCCAGGGCUCCGGGGACCUGCCUGACCUGGUGCGCUCGCACCCAGACGCCGUCAUCGUCCUAGACGAGAUCGAGAAGGCGAACUCGGGCUUCGCGCGGGCCCUGCUCACCGUCUUCGGGGAGUACGGCACGGUCUACGAUCCUCGAACUGGGCGAGACUACUCGGCCUCCAACGCCACCUUUGUCCUCACCAGCAACUUGGCCAAGGAGCUGGUGCUGCGCCACCCCGCCGCGGUUGCCAAGACAGAAGGCCGAUGCGCUGAGACCAAGCAAGUGCUGCCCAAAGGUGUGGACGGAGAUCCGGACUGCGCCGCUUACGAGCUGCUGCGCGAGGCGGUGGACCAAGAGCUCAGCAACCCACCCGCCAGACAGGACAGCCACUUCUUCCGGGAGAGCGAGAUCCGGGGCCGGCUCACCGACGUCUUGCCCUUUCUGCCCUUCGGACCCCAGGAGGUGGCCGAGGCCGUGCGGAACUUCCUGGCCUCCGAGGCCAAGGCCUUCGCUGAUGCGCCUCAGUUCAACCACCUGCAGCUGGCAUGGUCAGAGGAGGUCGUCCCCUUCUUCGCGAACCACUACUUGCGGAAGCCGGACGAGGGCCUGCGGGCGGUGAACAAGCAGCUGCAACAGCAGGUCCGAGACAUCGUGGAGCGCGGCAUGGACCUCGGGCUUGUCCCAGCCAGGGGCCAGGUGGUCCUGCAAGUAGCCAAGGGCGCCUUGGACCUCCGAGUGGUUGCGGCGCAGGCCUUUCCAACAGUGAAGCCGAAGACGGCCGAGCCCAAAAAGGAGCCAGAGGAGCCCGCAAAGCCGACUCUGGCGGGCCUGUUCGGCUGGGAGCCAACGCCGGCUCAAUGGCAACAGCCCGCAGGUCCAAGGAGCACGUCCUUGGACUCCUGGGAGUGGGAGAGCGAGUGGCAGUGGCUGGAGAACUGGGACUGGCAGAAGCUUUGGGAGCAGAUCUUCUUGUUCCUCUACGACUGGCGCUUCCCCCUGGGCAUCACAGCCUUGUGCCUUGUGGCCGUGGCUGCCGCCGGGGCGCCGCUGGCGCCACUGGCGCCGCUGGCGCCGCUGGCGCCGGCGGGGGCGGCGGCGGCGGGGGCGGCCGGCGUCGCGGCGGCGCCAGCGGUGGGCGUUGGCCUUGGGGCGGUGGCCACCUGGGUACUGGCCACUGUGCAGGUGGUAGGGAGCUCUGCUUCGGUGGCGGUGCCGGGGCUCACGUUCUACUAUGCCUGGAAGCACCGUCGCAUCUUCGAAGCUGUGAUCUUCUUGUCGUUGACCACGGCCAUGGUGCCCUGGGCGCUGCGCAUCUUUUGGACCACCUGGCGGCUGCUGGCCCCGCGCAAGAAGCGAACCAGAGCUGCGAAAGGCCAGCGCGCACUUGGCGGCCGGCAAAACCGACAGGAGCUACGACGGCGUGAGUGGCCAGGUCCAUCCACACCGCCGCAGGCAAAGGCCCGGCGCGCUUUGCCGGAACGCGACGAUGGCUUUCGAGGUGCGAGGGAAGCUUCGCCGCCCAGCCUGUCGCCGGUGAAUUCAUCACCAAGGCCGAUGGAGAUCGAUGAUCUGCCAGAGGCGAAUUGAGCGACCUCAGCCGACGCGGAGAUCCAAUGUACAGUUCGAGGUCUCUGCACUUCUUAAUUCGCAGGAAGUGAGCUUCUGGAGCAACCCUGUUUAUCUUCACCAGAUGCGAUCUGAUGGUCGAGUCACCGCGCGGAGACCAGCGUGCUUUGAAAUAAGCUGCCGAGAACCGAGAGAAGUGCCCCUGCCAUCUCCUUGCUUUGAAACACUGUUUGGAACAGG